ACCAGGGUUGUCUUGACUUAUAUUUAAUUCAACUUUUAUGGUUGGCUAAACUGUGGUUACAUCUAGGGGGACAGAAAUUCUGUCAUAGAAUAGAUUGUCACUGAAUGUUCUGCGAAGUGAUUGUACUGUGGUGGGUGUACUGCAUGAAAUUAGUGUAUAAAAUAUUUGUUGGUUUGAUUUUAGAUUAAAAAUUAAAAUCGACAUUAUGGCAUCCCUUUUCCGGAGUGCUGAAAUGACACUGUGUCAGCUGUUUUUACAAAGUGAAGCAGCUUAUGCAUGUGUCUCGGAAUUGGGAGAACUUGGACUUGUCCAAUUUCGGGAUCUUAAUCCAGAUGUUAAUGUUUUUCAAAGAAAGUUUGUCAAUGAAGUACGAAGAUGUGAUGAAAUGGAAAGAAAACUUAGAUACUUAGAGAAAGAAAUAAAAAAAGAUAAAAUUCCAAUGCUAGAUACAGGCGAAAAUCCAGAAGCUCCACAACCCAGAGAAAUGAUUGAUUUAGAGGCAACAUUUGAAAAACUGGAAAAUGAACUUAGAGAAGUUAAUCAAAAUGCUGAAGCCUUAAAAAGAAAUUUUCUUGAACUAACAGAACUUAAGCAGAUUCUACGUAAAACACAAGUUUUCUUUGAUGAGCACGAGGGGGGUAUACACUCCACCGAGUCUAUGACGAGAGCCCUUAUUAGUGACGACUCUAUAGCCCGACAAAGCACCCUAGGUCCCGUGCAGUUAGGUUUUGUCGCUGGAGUAAUCCUUAGGGAACGGAUUCCUGCUUUUGAAAGAAUGUUAUGGCGCGCAUGUCGCGGAAACGUUUUUCUGCGUCAAGCAGAAAUUGAAACUCCAUUGGAAGACCCUUCAACGGGAGACCAGGUUUAUAAAUCUGUAUUCAUUAUUUUCUUCCAAGGUGAUCAAUUAAAAACCAGAGUUAAAAAAAUUUGUGAAGGAUUCAGAGCCACACUUUACCCUUGUCCUGAAGCCCCAGCUGAUAGAAGAGAAAUGGCCAUGGGUGUUAUGACCCGUAUUGAAGAUCUGAAUACUGUGUUAGGUCAGACUCAGGAUCAUCGUCAUAGGGUAUUAGUCGCGGCCGCUAAAAACAUUAAAAAUUGGUUUAUUAAAGUCAGAAAAAUCAAAGCUAUUUAUCAUACACUGAACUUGUUUAAUUUGGAUGUUACUCAAAAAUGCCUUAUUGCUGAAUGUUGGGUACCAGUACUUGAUUUAGAAAAUAUUCAGUUGGCACUUAGAAGAGGAACAGAGAGAAGUGGUAGUUCUGUACCUCCAAUUUUAAAUAGAAUGGAUACCCCAGAAGACCCUCCUACUUAUAAUCACACCAACAAGUUUACUUCUGCGUUCCAAACCUUAAUCGAUUCAUAUGGUAUUGCUUCGUAUCGUGAAAUGAACCCUGCUCCUUACACAAUUAUCACCUUUCCCUUUCUUUUUGCUGUAAUGUUUGGUGAUCUUGGACAUGGAUCUUUGAUGAUGUUAUUUGGUUUAUGGAUGGUAUUGAAAGAAAAGCCCCUAGCGGCUAAAAAGUCCGAUAACGAGAUAUGGAACAUUUUCUUUGGCGGACGUUACAUCAUAUUCCUCAUGGGUGUGUUUUCUAUGUAUACUGGUCUUAUCUAUAACGAUAUGUUUGCCAAGUCUCUCAAUAUAUUUGGUUCAAGUUGGCAAGUGAAAAACAUUUCCAAAGCUGAUGCCAUCUCCAUUACAAGUGUGCAUAUGCUUGAUCCAGCAACAGACGAUUAUUUUGAUUAUUCUUAUGCUAUUGGAAUGGAUCCAGUUUGGCAACUUGCUAAAAACAAAAUCAUUUUCCAAAAUUCCUUUAAAAUGAAAAUUUCUAUUAUUUUGGGUAUAACCCAUAUGUUAUUUGGAGUUUCCAUGAGCUUAUUUAAUCACAUGUAUUUUAAAAACAAGUUAAGCAUUAUUUGUGAAUUCAUUCCUCAGGUUAUUUUCCUAGUAUUCCUAUUUUUCUACAUGGUAAUGCUUAUGUUUAUUAAAUGGUUUAUGUAUUAUGCCACCAACGAAAGGACUCACAUAACUUACAGUACCCGUUGCGCACCAUCUAUUCUUAUAACAUUUAUAAACAUGAUGCUUAAUAAGGAAACUGACUACGAAAAAAUAUGUGAGACUCCAUAUUUAUUUGCUGGACAAGGAGGUAUUCAAAAGCUCCUUGUGUUUUGUGCGUUAAUUUGCGUACCAUGGAUGUUGCUUGCCAAACCAAUUAUGAUAAUGCGUUCGCGUAAACAACAAUCUAUUUCUUCUAAUACACAUCAGCCAAUGACUACUGAAAAUGGUGUGGAUUCAGAGUUACCAGUACACAAUAAUAUGGUUCAUCAACCUCCAACUCAACCUGGUGGGCACGACAGUGAGCCAAUGGCUGAAAUAUUUAUUCACCAAGGCAUUCACACAAUUGAAUAUGUACUAGGUUCUGUUUCUCACACUGCCUCAUAUCUUAGAUUGUGGGCCCUAUCGCUUGCUCAUGCACAGUUAUCUGAAGUAUUAUGGAAUAUGGUUCUUAAGAAGGGUCUUGGAUUUGAUGGAUGGAUUGGAGGAAUCGGUCUUUACAUUAUUUUUGCCUUUUGGUCAUGUCUGACAGUUUCCAUCCUAGUCUUAAUGGAAGGUUUGUCAGCUUUCUUGCACACCCUUCGUUUACAUUGGGUUGAGUUUCAAAGUAAAUUCUACUCCGGCACUGGAUACGCAUUUCAACCCUUCUCUUUUGAGAAUAUUCUAGAUUCUGCAUCCAACACCAAAGAAGAAUAAUGGAAAAAAAUAAAUACUUAUAUUUAAUUAAAAUAUAUUUAUCAAUAUAUACUUUUCUUUAAACAUUUAUUGAAACAGGUUUUUUAACAUUACUAAUGAGUUGUUUUUUAUUUAAUUUUAUUUAAAGUUUUGAUAUAUUUUGUUUUGAAUUUUUAUUAAAAAAACUACUUACGAUUUAAUGUGCUCUCAUUUUUUAGAAACAUUAGUAAAGCAGCUUUCUGUAGUUGGUUUUAAAAACAGCAUUUAAGUAGAUAUAAAAUCCUUUUUUAACGUAAUCUGAAAAUGGUUAACCUUAUAAUAAUUUUUAGUUUUGUUAUUUUCAUAAAAUAACACAAUAAUUGUUUUCUAAAACGUUGUAUUUCCUGUUCAAACUGAUCUUUCAGAUUCCAUUAAAAAAUAAUUUUCUAUAAAAUUGGUGUUAAAAUUUUUAGGCUUGUAAAAUUUGUAAAACCUUAUAGCAUUACAGUUUACCUUUAAUAUAUUGAAAAAUAGAAAAAUUAAUAUAUAAUUAAAUUCAAAUGUAUUAAAACAAAAAUUAGAUAAACUGUAAACAUUGACUCGAUGGAUAGUUUUAGCAGUUAAUAAAUGUGUAGCAAAUCAA